AUGCUCCCGGAGGAUCCUGUUCAGUCAAUGGAGCUGGAGAGCAACGAAUUGGCCAGUCAUCCUAUUGACAGCGACCAGAAGCCGAAUCAGCGGGACGGAAGAAAACGAGGUCAACAUAUCCUCACGAAUGAAGAAAUUGCCCACCCGCAGAUGACUCAGAGUCCAGAGAAGUUGGCUCAAACAGGAACCAAUUCGCACGAGGAUCCGUUGGGACAAACAUGCGACAUUCCAUCGCCCGCUGCCCAGGUACAGCAGGGGUUGGACUGUACUCUAGAAGACGCCAUUUCUAAUUGGGAUGACCUUGCCAGCGGAUUUUGGGCUUCUGAUCCCGCGGAGGCCUCGUACUGGUUUUUGAACCCGUAUUUCUCCCAGCUUGACACUCUGCCACUCAACAUGGAUGGCAUGAAUGUUGUAUCGUAG